AUAUUAUAAGUAUUUUAAAUAUACAAAAAUGAAAUGGAUGAUGUAAUAAGUCAAUGAAGCCGGUCUAUGAACAGAACAGAAGAGAACAACCAACCGGUCACCUGUGCCAUCUCUCUCUCCCUAUAUAAGGCCGUCGUCCCUGUGAUCUUCACAUAGCUCCACUUUCACUCACUUUCUUUCUGCUCUGCUCCGUCAAAAUCUCUUUCAACCUUCAUAGACAUCAAUCUUCGUACAUAUUCACAAUGGCUCCAGCAGCAGCAGAUACCAUCAAGCCUAGAGAUGUUUGCAUUGUUGGUGUUGCCCGUACUCCAAUGGGGGGCUUCCUUGGUUCUCUUUCCUCGCUGCCGGCAACAAAACUUGGAUCAAUAGCCAUUGAGGGUGCUCUUAAGAAAGCAAAUGUUGAUCCAUCACUAGUAGAAGAAGUCGUCUUUGGAAAUGUCCUCAGUGCAAACCUGGGGCAGGCUCCUGCUAGGCAAGCUGCAUUGGGUGCAGGAAUACCUAAUACAGUGAUUUGCACGACUGUGAACAAAGUUUGUGCAUCUGGAUUAAAAGCAACUAUGCUUGCAGCUCAAAGUAUCCAGUUGGGCAUCAAUGAGGUUGUUGUGGCUGGUGGAAUGGAAAGCAUGUCCAAUGUUCCCAAAUACAUUGCAGAAGCAAGGAAGGGAUCUCGUCUUGGACAUGAUAGUCUUGUUGAUGGAAUGCUUAAAGAUGGUUUGACUGAUGUUUAUAAGGAUUGUGGUAUGGGAGUUUGUGCAGAAAUAUGUGCUGAAAAUCAUAAAAUCACUAGAGAGGACCAGGAUGACUAUGCAGUUCAAAGUUUUGAACGUGGAAUUUCUGCUCAGGAAGCUGGUGCUUUCAAAUGGGAGAUUGUACCGGUUGAGGUGCCUGGAGGAAGAGGAAAACCAUCCAUUAUUGUUGAUAAGGAUGAUGGUCUAGGAAAGUUUGAUGCUGCAAAAUUGAGAAAACUCCGACCAAGUUUUAAGGAUAAAGAUGGUACUGUUACUGCUGGUAACGCUUCUAGCAUAAGUGAUGGUGCUGCUGCAUUGGUUUUAGUAAGUGGAGAGAAGGCUAUAAAACUUGGAUUAAACGUUAUUGCAAAGAUCUCAGGCUAUGCAGAUGCUGCUCAGGAACCUGAAUUAUUCACGACUACACCUGCUCUAGCAAUUCCCAAAGCUAUCAAAAGUGCUAGCUUAGAGGCUUCUCAAAUUGAUUACUAUGAAAUUAAUGAAGCCUUUGCUGUGGUAUCUCUUGCAAAUCAAAAGCUGCUUGGUCUUAAUCCAGAAAAAGUUAAUGUACACGGUGGGGCUGUAUCUUUGGGGCAUCCUCUUGGAUGCAGUGGAGCUCGUAUAUUGGUUACACUUAUCGGGGUUUUGAGACAGAAAAAUGGCAAAUAUGGAGCUGCUGGUGUUUGCAAUGGAGGAGGAGGUGCCUCAGCCCUUGUCCUAGAGCUCGUGUAAUCCUUUUUCAUUUUUGGUUAGUGUUGUGUUUCGGGCUAUUUAUGAUACACGCUGGCACUGCUUGCUAUGAAUUAGACCUGGGAGAGCGUUUUCGGCCAGAGACAACUCUGCAACUUCUGGCUUUCGGUUUUCUUUUUCUUUUUUCCUUUGUAAUGUUUCUUCUAAGAAGUUGUAUUCUUCAAAAAUAAAUGAAAGCUGGUCUGAUUCUUCGUGUA